AUGAAUGUUUAUAUAGCUAAUCCAACUCCAAGAAGAUUAGAUACAAAUAGCACAGAAAAAUUAAUUCAAGCUGUAGAAGAAGAUAUAGAACAUGAAAAAGUUGUAGCAGAUGACAUAAUAAAAGACAUGUCUCAGGAAAAUCAAGCUAAAUAUAUGGAGAUGAAGGCUGCAAAUGAAAAACUCUGUCAGGAAUUAGUUGUUCAACAGCAGGAACUGGAUGCACUAAAUGCAAAGGAGGAGGCUCUAAGAGCUGAAAUAGCACACUCCCACUUGAAACAGGAGGCUGUGCAACUGUAUGAAAAGCUCCAUGAGCUCGAGGAACGUCGAGAUCAAAUGAUUGCUGAGGAUAAGAACAUGGAAUCUCCACAGGAGGAAAGAGAAAGGUUACUAAAGCAGGUUAAGGAUGAUAGUCAAGAAAUAGCAAGCAUGGAAAGACAGCUGACAGAAGUAAAAGAAAAAACAAACCAUUUUAAAAAGGUCAUUCAGCGGCUUGAUAUGUAUCUGGAGAAUCGUCAAGGAGAGGAAAAUUGGAAAUACAAGGAGCUGAAGAAGAGGGAAGAAAGCAUGGACAAUUUUCUUGAGACUUUUGAAGAGGUGAAGAAUCAGGAACUGGAACGAAAGGCCCAAAUAGAAGCCAACAUUGUUGCACUCCUAGAGCACUCAAGCAGGAAUGUGAAUCGUAUGAAACAAAUUUCAUCUGUUACUAAUCAAGAGCUGAAGAUUAUGCAGGAAGACCUCACUUUCAAAUCAAAUGAAAUGCAGAAAUCACAGAGCACUGCUAAGAAUCUGCUUACAGAGAGUCAAAAACUGCAGAUGGACCUACAGAAGAUGGAACUCUUGGAGGGCAAGAUGGUUGAUGAACUGGCUUCUCUUAAAGACAAAAUUGAACAAACGAAAACGGAGUUGGAGGUCUAUAAUAAUUUACCAGCUCUGAAAGCAUCAGGAGAAGAGAAGAAAAAGAGACUCCAGGAUGACAAAGAAAAAUUAACAAAACGUAGCCAUGCUUUCAAGAAAAUAAUGGAACACUUGAAUGCAGAGUAUGAGAAACUAAAGAGAGAGCUCCAAGAGAAUGAGACCCAUUCUCAGCUUACAAAUUUGGAGAGGAAGUGGCAGCACCAUGAGCAAAAUAACUUUAUGAUGAAGGAGUUCAUAGCAACAAAAAGUCAGGAGAGUGACUACCAACCAAUAAAGAAGAACGCAAGAAAGCUGGUCACAGAAUACAACAAAGCUCUCAUAGAAGCUUUACAGAACACCAAGAACUGAACCCAGGACUUCCUUCCUGCCCCAGCGGGACCAACAAUGAGAGAUGUGCACAGGCAGCAUGGAAACCUGGACUACUGAGCUCAUUUGUUCACCACUACAUCGACAGAUAUUCUUAAAAGUAUUUUUCCAAGUUUUUAGAAGUCAUAUGUUUUAAUAGUAUCUCUCCUUUUGCAACAUUUAAAAAUUUUAGAAAUAAAUUUCUGAAUUUUACAAAUGUGUAGGAAUAAAAAGGAAGUACUGCACAAUAAGUAUAAAAUUAUCAGAACGUUUUACUGAGGCCUGUUGCUGGAUUGCAUCUCAAAUGUGAAAUUCCAGUCUGCUUUACACA